AAUUGGGAUAUGUAGCCUCAAUUCUGUGAGAUUCUCAUCCAAUGGAUGUAGAAGGGAUCUGGGAAUCUCACACGGUAUAUAAAAAAUGCCCAGACUGAUUCUAAAGUACAGGCAUAUUUGGAAACUAAUGCUAUCAAGAACAUUGAUGAGGAGAGGACAACAAGCAGUAGAGUGGAAAAAGUUUUAAAUGCUGUACUACUUUUGUGGUAGAAGCUCUGCAAUAUUUUCUAUUGCAUGAAAACAUUGGUGCUAAACAUUUUAAUGUUUAUUUUUGAGAGAGAGAGAGACAGAACACGAGCAAGGGAGGGGCAGAGAGAGAGGGAAACACAGAAUCUGGUGUUAGUGGUGAGACCUCUCUAGCAUCCUGCAUCUGUUUUGUGAUUGCUGUUUUUCUGACCCUCCACUCCCAGGGUAAGAAUGCUGGAGAAAGUACAGCUGCCUCAUGAUUCAGGAGAGCAACCAAAUCUUUUAUGGCUUUUGACUUCUGGGACCAUUUUAGAGACAUAAUGAGCCUUGCCUUGGCUGCCACAGGAAGUUUGCAUUCCACCUGGAGCACCAGAAAGAAAGUUUAUAAAUGCUAUAUAAAUAUUUCACAGGAUGCUUACUCGAUGUCACUGGGGUAAGUAACCUGGUCCAAUACUGAGGAAUUCAAGGGAGGAAGAGAAGUCUACUGGAGGUUUUCCAUCCCUGAUAUGCACAGGAAAUGAAGAAAUCGCCUGGCAUGCUUGGAAUUGAGAAAUUGUUCUGGGUGCUCUUCCUAAUCCCACAUAUGGGCGUCAGGAGUAUCAAUGGGGAAAGGUCAUGUACUGAACAACUGUAUGUAAAGAGAUAUUCCGUCUAUAAUGUGUCAGCAGGGAGUUCCUUUAAACUGGAGUGCCCUGUGAAAUACUGUACUAAGAAACCUUUUGUGACCUGGUGCAAGCUCGAAGGAAAAAACUGUUUACCUCUUGAAUAUAAACUUCUGGGAUACACACGUUGGAAAGACUCGGAGAAUGGUUCAGUUUUUAUUCUUCAUUUUAAUCUCAUGCUGGCUAAUGACACCGGUUCGUACCGCUGUUCUGCAAAUUUUACAUUUGGAGUUGUUGAAAGCCAUUCAGUAACCAUUUAUGUGACAGAACGGACUGAAAAUAAUUCAGAAUACCCUCUACUAACAUUGGCUCCCAUUUCAGAUGCCACCGGUGCCUCAGGACCACCCUCUCAGGAAGGGAUGGAGGACAAACGAUGGAUGCUUUAUAGUUUGCUCCCUUUGGGGGCAUUGUCUCUGCUCAUGACUUGUUUGUACCUACUCUUCAGCCUGAGAAGGCACCGAGCAGAAAAAAAGGAGCCUUCUGACACAGGAGGAAGAGAAGUUAACCUGGUUGAUAUUCCCCAGCCCUUUCGGAGUGAGGAAACUGACGGGGGAAUCAGCCAAAAUCCUGAAACACUGUUAUCAGAAACUGGUCCUUAUGAUAAUGACCGCUGGUUCAGGGUCCAGGAAGAGUCUGAAGCUUAUUCUAACCCAUGCCUGGAGGAAAACAAACAGGGCAUUGUUUAUGCUUCCUUGAACCAUUCUGUCAUUGGAAUAAACCCAAGACAAGCAAGGAAUGUGAAAGAAGCACCUACAGAAUACGCAGCCAUAUGUGUGAGGAGUUAAAUUCGACCUUGAUCUCCAAGCAGUGAUCACUGAAUGAUCUGCAUGUCCACACCAUUACUGAGCCCAACAAAAGGUCAAAUAGUAUUCCUUGACCUGCGAAGCUUCACUAUAAGGAGGUUCAUAUUGGUGCUUGGGUCUUAAGGGUCUAUAGGACAAAUGACUAAAAUUUCUCCCCCCAAAAUCUGAGGGAACUUUUUAUAUGAUCCGCUUGAACAACAACACAAAAAUGCUUCCCUCCAAAACUAAGUGAUAUUAUGAGUAGCAGACUGGUAGAACACUUCAACUUAGCUACAUUUUACCCAGUGUAUAAAGUUAAUAUAUUUUUUGGAGGAUAAGAGACACAUGUAAGUAAGAGAGGUUUGCAUAAUCUGGAUCGUUCACUACACUCUCUUGACAAUGAAAGAAUGUCCCAAUUUGACUAACUGACCAUUAACCCAGUAAUGAUAGGAUGUUUAUUUCUGGUCAUUCUUCUGUGAUGAGAAAUAUUUCUCUGUCUAUCCAACAAUGUUUUUUUUUAAUGUAAAGAAGGAGGAAUUUUAGACUUAAUAUAAGAAAAGAAUGGAAAGCAUAAAUGGUUCAGUGAAGAUGUGGACUACACCAACUACUGCAGAGCAGACGCUCCCCGUACCUGACAUGCAAAUGGUUUUAGCUGCCCUGUUACAUUGCUGAACAAAUAUAGGUAGUAAUGGAGCAAUAAUGUGUGGUGCACUUAUAAACAAAGCUGUGACUCAGUGGCUGGAUCACAUGGACUAAUGUAUAUGAAUGUGAUAUAAUGCUGCUGAAUUAAUAUACUUGUGGGUGUUUAAAUAAACAUAAAAAUAAUUAUCA